UGGAAGCCCUAGCUCAGAUACUAAAGACACUUCCAAUAUGACUCCAGUUGCCCUUGACCAAAUAGAACGGAAGAGGCAACGAGAAAGGGAGCGGUAUGCUGGGAUGUCUGCUGAACAAAAAGAAGAAAAGAACAAGAAGCGCCGAGAAGCACGUUUGAUGAAGAAAAACAUACAAGCCCAAUGUAAUGAAAACAAGUAUCCAGGCGUACAAGAUGAAAUAUUGGCAACAGGUGUAGAAACAGAUGUAAGUCCAUCGACGACUAAUGAAACUGCUGAUUGGCUUCAUCGCAAUGACUCCUAUGCCCAAGAAUUCAGCCGGUCGAUAGAUGUGCCAGAAGGGUAUCAGGGCACGCAUACCACACUUGGAGACAUUACAGUCAAUACUACCAGCGCAAAUCAUAUUUUAGAUGUCUACCAGGGUACUAUUGAUAAUAUGGGCGAAGAUGAUAGCAUUCCCAGCAAGGACCCCAGUACAGGUGAAACUCAUCGAGUUUGUCCUAAGGAACGCCGAUGUGAGAGGGCUAGAGCCCAGAGGGACACAAUGACUGCCGAGAAGAGGAAACUAAUUAAUAAGCGUCGUCGAGACGUGUACCAUGCCAAAAAAGCGAAUAGGCCCCAGUUGUCUGCAGAACAGAAGAAGGCUAAUGUUAAGGGGUUGAAAAGAGAAUAUAAACGUGGACUGAAAGAAUUCAAAGCCAACAACUUACACCCCGAUUCUAUAGCUAUGGCAAACCCUCAAUUUGUGCCCAAACUUAUAAUUCCAACCCCCAUAGAACUUUUGACCAGUGUGAGUGAAUUGGUUAUUCCGAAAUUCAGCGGAUCACCUGUUUACAUCCCACCGAUAGUUGAACAGACACUAGACGAUCAGGGCAUGGAGUCUGGGGUUGGACACUGUCUACCUAGGCGUUGUGUGGUUGCCGUUGAGAGAAAUGCACUCCGAAAUCAAAGAAAUAAGGAGUUCCAUGCAACCAUUGGCAAAAAUCGCAGUUUUACGUAUGAUACGGACAAGUGUGGCGAUCAGCUGUCAACAGAAUCCUGUGAGGAAGAACAACACGGCCACCAGGAUCAUAUGGAGCGAGUUAAGACUCAAGAGCAUGAAGAAAUCGAUAUUGGUGGAUCUGCUCCUAAGGCCAGUAGCUGGAUGGCAUCACAGUCACAGCCAAUCUGCACCAAUCGUGAUGGUUUAGGUGGCGCCCGACUGCAAAAUGACCCUGAGUUGCAGACACAAUAUCCUAUGGUCGAGGAUGAUGGGGAUGAGAAUGUUAUUUUCGAGGAGGAUGAUGAAGAAGAUGAGGGUUACCUUUUUGCCGGACAAGAUGGUGAAUCCGACGAUGAUGGCGAUCUUACUUCAUGUGGAGAUGAUGCCGAUGUGUCGGAUGUAAUUGAUCCCUUCGGCAAAGUGUUUGAAAAUGUACCAUCUGAGACGCAUAAGCUUGAGCCAGUUGCUAAUUGUGAACACUGCAAUGCAAAGAAAUUUCAGUUCGAGCCCCCUGGAUUUUGUUGCCGCAGUGGGAAGAUACAUCUACCAACCCCUGACACACCACCUGAACUCAUGAGGCUUUGGUCAAGCUCAGAUGCUGAUGCUAGACACUUCCGCUCAAAUAUUAGAUUCUUUAAUGGUCAUUUCUCAUUCACAUCCCUGUAUUGCCACCUAGAUCGUAUGACAACCAACAUGCGAAAUGGGGGAGUUUAUACAUUUCGUGCACAUGGACAGAUGUACCAUAAUGUUCGGUCAUUUGGUAAGGAAGAAGGCAUUGAACCUAAACACAUUGAAUUGUACUUCUAUGAUGAUGAUCCUUCUCUUGAGCACCGAUACCGUAGGUGUCGUGAAGAAUGCUUGAUAAAGGAUAAGGAGGUUAUAGAAAGAUUAGUUGGGAUACUACAAGGCAACCCAUACUCCGAACAUCUGAGGUCUAUGGGUCACGUUGAAAAUGUAGAGGACUACCAUGUUGCAUUGAAUCUUGACCAACAGUUAGAUCAAAGAACAUAUAAUGUGCCUCUCACAUCGGAGGUUGCUGCUGUUUGGAUUGAGGGUAGUGAACUCCUAGGCCAGUUCAAACAUAGUGUUCUCCUGCAAGGGAAGGAUAGGUCUGUGCAUGGGAUUCGUUCAUACCACGCAUGUUAUGAUGCAUUAUCAUAUCCACUUUUCUUUCCCAGAGGGGAGCUCGGUUGGCAUAGUUGCAUUCCGAAGGUUGGUGUGACUGUGCAAGAGGCCAAGGCUGCCCGUGCAAACCGAAAGGCUCGCGCUGAAAGUGAUGGCGGUGAUGGUGAAGGUAUAGUUCGGGGAUUAUAAAUAAAUAAUUAUAGUUUUUAUUACACACUACUUCUUGUUCUAUAUUUCUUUAUGGUAAUAGUAGCUUCACAAAUGUGUAGGUGGGCCCGGCAAUUUAUGUGUGUCAGUACGUGACUAUUACUGCUACAGAUUCCAGAUGUGUCCCGGUAUAUUUAACCUAGUAUUUUUUGGUAAGCGGCUAUUCCAGCAGUUUGAUGUGGACACAUACAUGAAGAUAGAAAGUUCAUGCUUAGAUUACAUAAGGAAUAAUCAGCAGGAGUUGAGGGCUGAUUUAUACCAAGGUCUCGUUGAUAGUUUGCAUGCAGGUGAGGGUCGAGCAGAUUCCGUUGGGAAAUGGACAGUGUUGUCCACGACAUUCAUAGGAGGUCCUCGGGACAUGAGGCGUCGGUAUAUGGAUGCUAUGGCAUUGGUGCGGAAGUAUGGGAAACCAGAUAUCUUCCUCACAAUGACGUGCAAUCCAAAUUGGAAUGAGAUCAAACAAGACCUUUUGCCUGGCCAAAUUGCACAAGAUCGCCCUGAUCUUGUAACUAGGAUUUUCAGGGCAAAACUUGAGGUGCUGAAGAAGAAAUUGAUGGGGAAUGAUAUCCUUGGUAAGGUUCGGGCUUAUGUAUAUGUUGUGGAGUUUCAAAAGAGGGGGUUGCCACAUGCUCACUUCUUGCUGAUCAUGAAACGGAAGUACAAGCUUACAUGUCCUGAGCAAUAUGAUCUUCUUAUCUCUGUAGAACUUCCAAACAAGAAAAAGUUUCCUGAGUUAUACAAGAUGGUCACCAAGAACAUGAUGCAUGGCCCGUGCGGGGUGCUAAACCCGUUUUGUCCUUGCACUAAGGGACGCACAUCUUGUAAGAAUCGCUAUCCACAGGCCUUCUGCGAGUCCACAUCUCAGGGAAAAGACUCUUACCCCGUAUAUAGGUGACGUAAUGAUGAAUGUAAGGAAAUUGUUAGAGGUCGUGAGCUAGACAAUAGAUGGGUAGUCCCAUACAACCCUUAUCUGCUAUGCAUGUUCAAUUGCCAUAUUAAUGUUGAAGCUUGUGGAAGCAUUAAAUCUGUUAAAUACUUAUUCAAAUACAGUUACAAGGGUCAUGAUCGGGCAUCUAUUGCUGUUAGAGAAGGUGAUAAUGCUGAUGGCAAUGGUAAUGUUGAUGAGAUAAAGCAAUUUAGGGAUGCUCGGUGGGUGACGCCUCCAGAAGCAAUGUGGAGGAUAUAUGGUUUCAACCUAAGCCAAAACCACCCACCUAUGAAACAACUGCAGCUUCAUCUACCUGAUAUGCAUAUGGUGUCAUUCCAUCAGCAUUCUAAUAUACAAAAUAUAGUAAAUCAUCCUGGUGUGGAAGAGUCAAUGCUCACAGCAUAUUUUGCUCAAAAUAGGGUCGACGAAUUUGCACGUGGGAUAUUGUAUCAUGAUUUUCCAGAAUUCUAUACUUGGCACCCCAAUGGUAAAUUUUGGAAGCGAAGGGUAUAUGAGGGACG